UUAGGGUACGUAAAUUGCAUGCAUCUAAAGAAAAAUUAAAUUUGUAAGAUUUAUUAUAAUGAGAUAUAUUUACUGGGAUAAAUUCUACAUCUUUUUUUUUUAAUACAUAUACAUAUCAGUACAAUAACGCUGAAAAUGAAACGAUUGAAGAUCGAAGCUGUAUCAAUCAUGAACUUUUGGUUAUUAUUUAAAAAUGAAUUAGUAAAAUUAACAUCAAAAUUUUCCAUAGUGUUAUAAAAUCAUACCAUAUUUUAUAAAAUCUGGAAAUUUUAAUAAAUUAUGACUGAUGAAAAACAAUGCAAAAGCAUAUGGAAUAAAUUUUGUAGUUCUGUAAGUAGCGGAGUUAUUUGGACUUCUGCGGAAUUUAAAUCAGCAUGUCCUCCGAAAAAGAAGAAGAAACAAGCCGACGAAGAACUCAAAUCACUGGACAAAGAUGUAAAAGAUGGCAUAGAUCCCUCGAUUUCAGAAAAAUCACCAUAUCGACGUCCCAGUGAUAUUUGCCCGGAUGUUAAAUCUUAUUGUUACAUUAAAAUGCAGGAUCCUUGCAAACCAUGUUGUUGCGAUGACAAACCAAAGCUCCCACCUUGCCCUCCUAAACGCGGUCCGCAACAAGCACGUGAACCAAUGUGUGGUUGCGAACUUUGUCAGAAAAAUCCCGGGCAUGAGAAAUGCUGCAUUAAGAACAGAGAUUUCCGCGGAUUAGAUUUUGUAAGAUUUGAAGUAUGUCAGAAUUCUUGGAUCAUUGACAACUGAAUGGAUUUUAAAUUUAUGAUUUUCUUAUGCUAUCUUUUAAAAAUUUCUUAAAUAUCUUUUAAUCACUUUGAGAAACCAUAAAAUAAUUAUUAUAUAUUAAAAUAAAUCUUAUUGAUUUAAAAUUAAUUGGAACCGAGUGUUUAACGCCUUGGCAGUAAUCGUUCAGAUAGCAACCAGAAUUAACAUUUAAAUCUAACGUCUGACAUCUGACCAAUUAGUCAAUUAAUCAAUAAAUCAAUAAACUGUAAAUUUGUUAUAUAUACGUUAUAAUUCAUAUUUGGCGCGUCAAGCCAAAGUUCAUGCGAUAAUAAUUCACGCUAAGAUGGAGCCACAAGGCUGUAACAGCGUGUGAUAAACUGCAUGUAAAUAUCAAUUGGCUGAUCUAUUGAAUUACGAUUUAUCGAAUUGUGGGCAGUUUUUGAUACAUUGUUUAAUUCGUCUUAAGUGAAGUGAACAUAUCUGCAGUACUACCUUGAGAAAGCUUGUCAACAG